AUGUAUGGUUUAUUGUUAGAAGGAUUACGUAAUUUUAUUAUUACUAAAUGGUCUACAGAAUUAUGGAUUGAAAUAUGUAAUCAAGCUAAUUCGCCUGAGAUUCAAUUUGAAACACGUAAAGUUUAUGAUGAAGCAUUAUUACCGAAUUUAUUUCAAACUAGUUCAAAAUUAUUAGAUAUACCUGAAGAUGAAAUUAAAUUUGGUAUGGGUAUAUCAUUUGUUGAAUAUGUUGGUGGUAAAGGUUAUCAAGGUAUAUUACGUGUACUUGGUAGAGAAUUACGUGAUUUUUUAAAUGGUUUAGAUAAUCUUCAUGAAUUUCUAAGAUCAAGUUAUCCAAAAAUUCGUCCACCAUCAUUUUUUUGUGUAAAUGAAAGUAGAACAGGUAUUACAUUACAAUAUCGUUCACAUCGUAUUGGAUUUGUACCAUUUUUUUGUGGAUGGAUGACUGAAUUAUCAAGAGUUUUAUAUUCAAAAGAAAUGAAAGUUGAAAUCGUCGGUCAAAAAGAUCGUGGUAAACAAGUUGAAACAAUUCUACGUUUACAUUUUCAUAAUCAUUCGUUUACUGAAAUAGAUGAAGAACUACCUGUUCCAGCGAUUGUAUUCUUCGAAGCAUUUCCUUUCAAUUUCGUAUUUAAUCGUGGUAUGAAGUUAUUGAAUAUCGGUAGAAGUAUGGCCAAUGCGCUACCAAACAUAGUUGGAAAAAAUGUGACAGAUAUAUUUCUUUUAUGUAGACCCGUUAUACCAUUCACUUGGGAUGAUAAUGAAAUGUUUACUAAUCAUUAUUAUCAAGUGUCAUCUAUUAAUAUUUUAAAUAAUUGUAAUACGAAAUAG